AUGAGCAAUCAAUACCAGGACGAGGGCUGCUCCGAGAGACCCGAGUGCAAAAGUAAAUCGCCAACUUUGCUCUCCUCCUACUGCAUCGACAGCAUCCUGGGCCGGAGGAGCCCGUGCAAGAUGCGGUUGCUGGGGACCGCGCAGAGCCUGCCCGCCCCACUGGCCAGCCGCGCAGACCCGGAGAAGGCCGUGCAAGGCUCCCCCAAGGGCAGCAGCACCCCGUUUGAGGCCGAGCUGCACUUGCCCCCCAAGCUGCGGCGCCUGUACGGCCCGGGCGGGGGCCGCCUCCUCCAGGGCGCGGCGGCGGCGGCGGCAGCAGCGGCGGCAGCCGCCGUGGCCGCCGCCGCCGCUGUGGCCGCGGAGGGCGGGGAGCUGUCGCCCAAGGAGGAGCUGCUGCUGCACCCAGAGGACGCGGAGGGCAAGGACGGCGAGGACAGCGUGUGCCUGUCUGCGGGCAGCGACUCGGAGGAGGGGCUGCUGAAGCGCAAACAGCGGCGCUACCGCACCACGUUCACCAGCUACCAGCUGGAGGAACUGGAGCGGGCCUUCCAGAAGACGCACUACCCCGACGUCUUCACAAGGGAGGAACUGGCCAUGAGACUGGACUUGACGGAGGCCAGAGUCCAGGUCUGGUUCCAGAACCGCCGGGCCAAGUGGCGCAAGCGGGAGAAGGCUGGUGCGCAGACCCACCCUCCGGGACUACCCUUCCCCGGGCCGCUCUCGGCCACCCACCCGCUCAGCCCCUACUUGGACGCCACCCCGUUCCCUCCGCACCACCCAGCGCUCGAUUCGGCCUGGACCGCUGCCGCCGCCGCCGCCGCCGCCGCCUUCCCGAGCCUCCCGCCGCCCCCGGGCUCGGCCAGCCUGCCGCCCAGCGGGGCACCGCUGGGCCUGAGCACUUUCCUCGGAGCCGCAGUGUUCCGGCACCCGGCCUUCAUCAGCCCCGCCUUUGGCAGGCUCUUUUCCACUAUGGCUCCCCUGACCAGCGCGUCGACCGCGGCCGCGCUCCUGAGACAGCCCACGCCAGCCGUGGAGGGCGCGGUGGCGUCGGGCGCACUGGCCGACCCGGCCACUGCGGCCGCAGACAGACGCGCGUCCAGCAUAGCGGCGCUGCGGCUCAAGGCCAAGGAGCACGCCGCCCAGCUCACGCAGCUCAACAUCCUGCCAGGCACCAGCACGGGCAAGGAGGUGUGCUAA